AGUUGUGUCGUUGUUUUUUUCACGGUGUUUUAGUGAGUGAAUGAAUGUGUGGUGUAUUUUUUUUUCUUGUUUAGAGAAAUUUAAUUGUUAUACAAAACUAUUAACAAAUUUAAGUGCAAGUAAAUGUAUUGUUGAUACGGCUUAAGAAAGUGUUUAGAACUACUAAACAAAAACAAAAGUGUUUGAAAAAUGAGCGAGUUAGAAAAUGCAAAUAGCCUUUAUGAAAAAAGUGUUAAAUUAUGUGCAGCGGUGGAAAAGCAUAAAUGUCUUCAUGAUCGAAAUGCUUUGCGUAAAAAUCAUACGCUCGAAUGUCAAAUCGCUUGGCAAUUGGUGGCCAAAGAAUGUAAUCAAACAAUUGAGUAUUGUAAAAAUCGUUGGAAGAACUUGAUAACCUCCUUCUACCAAGGCAUAAAACGCAAGGGAAAUCGUUAUUAUUUGCAUGAAUAUAUGGACUUUCUAUUGGAAGGAGAAGCCAAUAAAACGAAAACCAAACGCAAGCCAGAAGCGACUCUAAAUGAUGAAACAAAUUCGACAACGAACGAGGAAAGUAUGCAGGGGAGUUUAAUGGAAACCAUCAAUCUAGAAGAUGGAGAGGAUAGUGAUAGUAACACCACAAGUGCCGAUGAAUCGAAUGAAUUGAGUAAUACGGAUAAGGGCUCACAAACGGCAGUAGGAGUAUUCAUAAUCGAUGAAAUUGCAGAGGAGGUAGAAGAAACCGAAAAUCGCGACAGACGUUCAAGUUAUAAGCGUUCAUGCAAGCGAGGCCUAAAUUCCGAGUUAAUUGAUGAAUUGGAUGAAGAGGGGGAGCCGCAUGAACCGGAGGGCAAACGUGUGCGUAAAUUAGCAACAGAUAAUCGUAAAAAAUUAACUGAACAACAAACUGAGAACAAACAAUUGCAAAUUAGAUUGGAUAAAAUUAAAGUUAAACCAGCAGCAAUUGCAAUUAAAAACAAGGAUAAUAAAGACCCCAAUGAAAUGGAGGAUAUGUGGAGUAAGAAACUAAAUGAAGCGGUAAAUUCCAGCGACUGGUUUUACAAUCAAACCAAAAGCUCCAGCCCUAAACCCACUAAAAUGGUAGAGCGUUCCACCAGCACUAAUAUAGACACCAGCAAUAUGGCCACCCAAUAUGAAGUUUUAAUAAAUCCCUCGGAUUACGAUGAAAUCUUUAUGGAAACCAUCCGAAACCAACUGAAACAAAUGAAUGCUAGACAAAAAAUGAAUUUCAAAUGUAAAAUCUAUCAUUCUCUAUUGGAAGUAUUUGAUGAUACCACGGACUUUCCGGGACCAAAUGAGGUAAUGAAGUUGCCAGCUAAAUCCACACCUCGGGUGGUUAAUACCACCACGGGGGAACUAAGAUUAAUGAGGGAAUUGGUGUCCCUGGUGCAAGCAGCCAAAAAUACACCAGAAAUUAUAAAUGCCAAAGAAAAGGUUAAGAUAUCAUCUGCAAAUCCAAGCCAACCAACACCGACACCUGUACCAACAAUACCAGUUAAGUUGCCGGUGGCUGGUAAUGACAUUAGCAAAGUUGCAACCACUUCACCGCUUUCCCUAAGUCCCACUUUAGAUGAUGAUGACCUACAAUUCUCCCUAGACACUUUAGACGUGGAUGAUGAUGUCGAUGCUGAAUUGCCGCGCACCUUGGAUGAAAUAAAGGCAAAACCUGCAACGGAAAGUGUUAAAAAUCUCUCAGAGGACAAUGUUAUGGGUUUGCCCAAACGCAUACUGCAGAAAGUGGUAAGAGUUUCGGGCGCUAGUGGCAGUACCAUUGUGGCCCGUGAUGGCGAUAAAAAGCGUAUUUAUCGCAUCUAUCCCAAGACAAUUAAUCAAAAUGGACUACCCACGGUAGCCAAUAAAAAUGCCAAUAUAGGUACGUUUUAUGUUAGUCCAGCUAAAGGUCCUAGCGAUGUAACAAUAUCCAGCGGCUCCCAUAAAAUCCCCAACAAUUUAUCAAAUAUAACAAUACGACCUUUCAAUAGUAUGGCAACAAUUAAUGCUAAAGAAUCUCCGGCCGGUGGCAACAAUAGCCCUCACAACGUGAAUACAAAUGUGGCCAACAAGGCUUUAGCAAAUCAAUCCAUGUUUAAAAAUGUUAAUCCAAGCAAUCGCAUACUAAGUUCCAGCACAGGCUUUUUCAAAAUGCUGCCAACGACGAAAAACAUAGCCCCUGCAACGUCUAACAGCAAUAAAUCGACUAUUGUACAAACCCAGCCAGCUAAUACCAACCCUACCAAUUUCAACAAACUCUCGGCGGCCGCCAAAAAUACCAUGUUGCCGCCUUCUACGAAUUUCUCUACAAAACGACCCAUGAACGUACGUGCUCACAUUAAUGCACCCCAUGUAGUACAACGGCGUUAUUCCAUUUCCGGUCCCUUGCCCGCCGAAAACCGCAACUCUACUUUAGCCCCUCCCCAGUCAUCAGUGGCCACCAAGAAUUCGACUGCGGGCAACACUCAGCUCCAAGCAUCAACCUGCUCCACUGUUCAACAAAUACAAAUCUCCCAACCCAUAAGUCUCAAAAACAAAGGCGCCACCACAACUACUCCAAACCAUUCUCAACAGAAUAUAACAACCAGCGUCAAUACAACCAACGAAGAAGAUAUUAAACCAGCCAUGAAAACCUUUGAUGAGCGUAAACAGCCUAAUAGCAAAACCUCAGCUAAGGAAGCGCCUAAAGAUAAGCCCAUGCAGCCCGAAGAAAUACCCAUUUUAGAGACGGCCGGCACAGUUGGCGUAGAUGUUUUGGAUCCCUUGCUUGUUAAGCUGCCCCAAAUUAAAUCGGAGCCAGCAGAUGAUUAAAUUGUCAAUAUUUCUUUUUUUUAUUUCUAUAUAAAUCAUUUAUAUAUAAAAUAGUAUGUAGUUUCAAACAAAUGAAUGCUUGAAUUAAAAUUAACCUGUUUUAGUUAUUACAAAAAUUAA